AUGGCCCCGCUGCCAGCCCCCCACCACGCCGGGCACACAGGGGCCAGCGGCCACCAGCCGCCCUCCCUGCCCCCAGCAAAGCAGGCGUGUGCCCGGCAGUGGGGAGCAGCCCCACGCGCCCCACCAGGAGCCAAAUCCGGCCUUUGCCCACGGAAGCGAGCCCGGCGUGAUGCUGCCUGCCCCAACCUGUGCACCGAUGACAGGGACUGCCCCGGGGACCAGAAGUGCUGUUUCUCUGGCUGCGGGCUGACCUGCACUACCCCGUACACAGCGAAGUCCGGUGCGUGCCCCGUGGUGCUGCGAGGCUCCCUGGGCCCCUGCCUGGAUCGGUGUGACAGCGAUGCUGACUGUCCUGGGGCCAAGAAGUGCUGCACCACUGGCUGUGGCCACGUCUGCAAACUGCCCACCGAAGCACCCCUGGCAGCUCCCAGUACUGCCUCAGCUGUGGGCACGCAGCAUCCCCGCAGCACCAUGUGCCUGGGACUUUGCCUCCUCCUGGGGCUGCUCCUCGGGAUGGAGCAGAGCACUGCACUGGGGGAGGAAGAUGGGGAGCUGCAAAAACCAGGUCUGUGUCCCCGGGACUUCACACGCUGCCUCCACCAGGAGCCCCCUCUCUGCACCAAUGACUCAGCAUGUCCCGGUUGGCUCAAGUGCUGUUCCCACGAGUGCCGCCUCCGCUGCACACCCCCGGCAGAAGAGAAGCCCGGUGCCUGCCCCGCUGCGGCCCCAGAGGGGCUCUUUUACCCCUGCUCCUUUCGGUGUCAGGAGGACAAAGACUGCCUGGGCAGCCAGAAGUGCUGCCCGCUGGGCUGCGGCGCAGCCUGCGUGGAGCCGGCGCAGGACAUCUGCCAUCUCCCCGCCAUGCCGGGGCCCUGCGGCGGCCACGAGCUGAGCUUCUUCUACAAUGUCACCUCCGGGCGCUGCGAGACGUUCCCCUACAGCGGCUGCGGGGGCAACGCCAACCGCUUCGGGACGCGGGCAGCGUGCCGCCGGGCGUGCCUGAGCCACGAGAAACCCAAAACCAGGGAGUGUCCCGUGGCGCUGCCGGAGCUGGAGGGGCCGUGCCGGGAGGAGUGCGAUGGUGACAGCGACUGCCCCAACGCGCUGAAGUGCUGCAACAGCAGCUGCGGCCUCCAGUGCCUGCCUGCAGCGCCAGCCCGGAAGGAUGGAUUCUGCCCGGCCAGUGCUGGGCUGUUCCCCAGCUACGACUGCAGAGAGUGGUGCCGGCGUGACUCUGACUGCCCCGGUGAGGAGAAGUGUUGCCUGCGGGGCUGUGACUACGUGUGCCUGCACCCGGCCCAAGAGAAACCAGGGAUCUGCCCCCUGAGCGAGCAGGCAGCAGGAUCCCAGUGCCACGACCCCUGUGCAGGAGACGGGCAGUGCCCAGGAGAUGAGAAGUGCUGCAGCAGUCGAUGCGGUCACGUCUGCAUGGCCCCAGAGCCAGACAAACCUGGGCAGUGCCCAAAGGUGAGGCUGCAGCUGACAUCAGAGCCAUGCACGGAGGAGGAUGACUGCCUGCACGACCGGGACUGCCCCAGGCAGGAGAAGUGCUGCUUUUCUGGCUGCGCCAUGCGCUGCUCCCGCCCAGCCAGAGAACACCCUGGGCAGUGUCCCCAGGCAGAGCCUUGCUGGGACCCCCGGCGCCGACGCAGGAACCAGUGCCUAGAUGACAGCGUGUGCAGGAGGGAUGAGAAGUGCUGCAACACAGGAUGCACUUGGGGCUGCGUGGCUGUACCCAGAGAGAGCAGCAGUGGUGCCUCCAGCCAGUGUGCAGAGGAGUGUGAGACUGAUGCACAGUGCCCCCAGGGACAGCGGUGCACCCACAUGGGCUGCAGCCAUGUCUGCGUGGACAUCCCUGGGGGGAGAGUGGGAGUGUGCCCCAUCCCCAGGGAUGCCGGGACAUGCUUGGACCUGUGCAGCUUGGAUGAGGAGUGUCCCUGGGGCCAGAAGUGCUGCAGCAAUGGCUGUGGCCAUGUCUGCAUGCCUGCCUCUCUCAAAGAGCACGAUGUUGCCGUUGUGCCACAGCACGGUGCCAGCCGGUGCCCAGAGCAGUGUGAUGCCGACUCGCAGUGCCCACGAGGACAGAGAUGCACCCGCACCAGCUGUGGCCAUGUCUGCACGGACAUGCCUAGAGGAAGGGAGGGAGAGUGCCCCAUCCCCAGGGGCAGCGGGACGUGCUUGGACCUGUGCAGCUCUGACAAGGAGUGUCCCCAGGGCCAGAAGUGCUGCAGCAAUGGCUGUGGCCAUGUCUGUACACAGAUACCUGGCGGUGAGGAGACUGAGGGACAGGACCAGAUUUAG